ACCUAUUAAUUGUGAAAGUGAAAGAAAAUAUCUUACAUCAACAACAACGAUCCAAAAUUAUAUAUGAUUAUCAUCGUCAAAAUCCUGAAUAUAAUUUGGGUACAACAGUUGUAACUCGAAUUUUUACUACAAGAUCCAAAUUAGAUCCAAAGUUUUCUGUUGAUCCAAAAGUUAUUAUUAAAAAAGGUCAUCCACUCUAUUGGGUUGAAGAUAUAGAAACUAAAACAAUAUCAAGAGUUCAUAUCAAUGAUAUAAAACCAUUAUUGAUUCAAUAA